AUGAAGAAUCCAGAAUCUGCUGCAGAUUAUCCUCUGAUAUCAUUAUGCAAUGUCUUGUAUAAUAUUGUGGAAAAAAUCUUAUCGGUAAGGAUCAAACCAUACCUAGACAAUUUCAUAAGUUGGUCUCAAAAUGCAUUUAUGCCCGGGAGGCAAAUAUUGGACAAUAUCAUUGCAGCAAAGGAAUUAUUACACUCGAUGAAUGCUUCAUACGCUGAAAAUGGCCAUUUUGCGCUGAAAGUGGACAUGGCAAAGGCGUACGAUAGAGUAAACUGGGUUUUUUUAGGGGAUAUGCUUCAGUUAAUGGGAAUUCAAGAUGAUUUGUUCUUCUUUGGUGAACGUUCAAGGGUUAAUAUCAACAAUCUGAAGAAAAUCCUUGAAGAAUAUGCUUCUCUAUCGGGCCAGAAAAUAAACUACAACAAGUCAUCUAUUCACUUUAGCAGAGGAAUAGCAGAUAUAAGAAAACAAACUUCAAUUAUGGAUCUUGGGGUCAAAGAAAUGAGUGAGGAAGAAAAAUAUUUAGGUAUUUACCCACUUAAAUCUGAUUAUAGAAUUGGUAGUUAUGAUUUCUUGAAGGACAAAUUUAAUUCCAGAUAUUCUGGAUGGGGACAGCAUUGCACUAAUCAUGCAGGUAGAACUGUUUUAUGCAAAUCCACUCUAACUGCUAUCCCUGUUUACUUCAUGGAAAUCUGCUUAUUACCUAAAGGAGUAACUGAUUACAUUGAUAAGGUGAUUAGAAGUUUCUGGUGGGGGCAUACUGCUGAUGAAAGGAAAAUGCACUUUUUCAAGUGGGAAAAGCCUGAACUUUUAAAAGAAUUUGGAGGACUGGGAAUCCGUAAUUCAUAG